UUAGGGGGUAAAGCCGUCCUACUCUCACCGAAGGUUGUGUCUCCAGCUUGAUUCUCGCCAUGUCGGGGAGAGGAAAGGGCGGCAAAGGCUUGGGCAAGGGGGGUGCCAAGCGCCACCGCAAAGUUUUGAGAGACAACAUCCAAGGCAUCACCAAGCCGGCAAUUCGGCGCCUUGCCCGGCGUGGAGGAGUCAAGCGGAUCUCCGGCCUCAUCUACGAGGAGACCCGGGGCGUGCUGAAGGUUUUCCUGGAAAACGUCAUUCGGGAUGCAGUCACCUACACUGAGCACGCCAAGCGCAAGACGGUCACGGCUAUGGACGUAGUGUAUGCCCUGAAGCGCCAGGGACGCACCCUGUAUGGUUUCGGAGGCUAAGCUGCCGCUUCAUUUCUGCAUCCAUCCUGCCAACGGCCCUUUUUAGGGCCAACCA